UGUCGACAAGCGCUAGCUUAGGACGCAAGUGCAGAGCGCCAUGGUUCCGAGGGGCGCCUUCCUCUUGCUGGCGGUGUCGGCGAUUUGGCUGAGUGGGUGUGUUCGCCCAGCGGCUUCAGAUCAUCCGGUCACUACAUGCAGUGAGGGAAAAGGAAUCUGCGUUCAAAAGAAGCUCUGUAGCCUGCCGGUGGCCGACGCUGCUUGUGACAAAAUUGGAAGCAUAUGCUGCAAAAAAGGUUUUCUUAAUCUUAAACGUACUUCAGAGCGAAAAGGCAACCAAGAUUCCACGAAGGUUGUAGAGAAGAGAUGUACGGAACAGUUUGGGACAUGCAGCCACGAUUGCCCAGGUGCUGUUGACAACGAAAGAAAUUGCCCCGACAAAAUGAUGUGCUGCAAGAAGUCACUCAAAUUAGAGACUCAAAAACAAAUUACGGCUAGAGGAAGAGACAAUGACUGUACAGCAGCAGGAGGAACGUGCAACGACGCUACCAAUAAAUGUCAAGAGAAACUUCCUAUCGAAUGUCCGGAUGCGACUAAAAACUGCUGCAAGAGAACCAAGGACACCUGCAAAUCAAAGGGCUUCAGGUGCGUAAAAAACUGUAGAGGAAAUGUCAAGAAACUGAAAGGUUGUAAGAAAGGAAAAGUUUGCUGCGACAGGGCAAAGAAAGAGAACUGCAAAAGCUUGGGCGGAAACUGUAAAGUUGAAAGUAAAUGCAGAAACGAAAUCCUAAGUCCCACCAAGAAAUGUAGGAGUAAUAAGAUAUGUUGCAAGAAAGGAGAAACGUGUAAAAACAUGAAUGGUGUUUGUCGAAAGGAAUCUAAAUGUAACAAAAACAUUCUUACUCCCUCUAUACCAUGCAAAGAUGGUAAGAUCUGUUGCGAAAGAGGAGAAACUGUAGGGGGCUGGGUGGUAACUGUCGAAAGGCGUCUAAAUGCAAGAAAAACACACUUACUCCUUCUAUACCAUGCAAAGAUGGUAAGGUCUGCUGCGAAAGAGGAGAAACCUGUAGAAAGCUGGGUGGAAACUGUCGAAAGGAGUCUAAAUGCAAGAAAAACACACUUACUCCUUCUAUACCAUGCAAAGAUGGUAAAGUAUGUUGUGAAAAAGGAGAAACCUGUAGAAAGGGGGAAAUGA